AUGGGGCCUGGGUCGGGGGCCUGGGGACGUCCGCUGCUGACCGUGGCCACUGCCCUGAUGCUGCCCAUGAAGCCCCUCGGCUCCUGGGGGGCCCAGAUCAUCGGCGGCCACGAGGUGACCCCCCACUCCAGGCCCUACAUGGUAUCCGUGCGCUUUGGGGGCCAGCACCACUGUGGAGGCUUCCUGCUGCGAGCCCGCUGGGUGAUCUCGGCCGCCCACUGCUUCAGCCAAAGGAGCAGGGGUGGGGAGGGAGCCUGGUGGCCUGAACUCAUGCUUUCCCUGCAGCUGAACGGCUCUGCUGUCCUGGGCCCUGCAGUGGGGCUGCUGAGGCUGCCAGGGAGACGGGCCGGGCCCCCCACAGCCGGGACACGGUGCCGGGUCGCUGGCUGGGGCUUCGUGUCUGACUUUGAGGAUCUGCCGCCUGGACUGAUGGAGGCCGAGGUCCGAGUGCUGGACCUGGACGUCUGCAACAGCUCCUGGAAGGGCCACCUGAGCCAUACGAUGCUCUGCACCCGCAGUGGGGACAGGCACAGGCGAGGCUUCUGCUCGGCCGACUCCGGGGGGCCCCUGGUGUGCAGGAACCGGGCUCACGGCCUCGUGUCCUUCUCCGGCCUCUGGACAGUGGCAGCCUUCUUGGCCUUCAUGAAGGGCCUGGCUUGCUGGACUGAGGUCACAGUGUUCUGA